AUGAGGAAACCUGGACCCUGCAGCCUCCUCCUCCUAUUGGUGGCCAGAGAUCUGACCCAGUAUUGUGCAGGCUCACACUGGCUGCAGACUUUCAACAUUGUAAUUUCAGAGCCUGGCAUGUUGGAGCUCCUGUUUAUACAGGUCGGAUAUAUAGACUCCAUACAGUUUCAGGGAUUCAACAGCAAAGAACCAAAUGCAAGGAUGCAACCUCAGGCUGCUUGGAUGAAGGAGGAACCACCUGAAUAUUGGGAGAAAGAGACAGCAAAAGCCCUUGACUUGGCACUAUCAGGGAGACAAAUUCUUAAGUACAUGGUGAAUGAACACAACAACAAGAAGAAUGACUAUCACACCCUGCAGGAAGUAUAUGGCUACAAUGUGGCAAAUGAUGGGAGCUUCCUCAGUCCCUACCAGCUCACCUACUAUGGCUAUGAUUCCUUAAUCCUGAAUGAGGACCUGAACUCUUGGACUUCAGAGGGCAAAGUAGGUGAAAAAUUCAAGACAUACCAGGAGCAAGGAGGCUUGACUGAAAGUUGGAGGACUUACCUGCUAGGGGAGUGCAUAGAAAGGCUUCUUAGAUGCCUGGACCUUGGAAAGGAGACCUUGAUGCACUCUG